GUAAAAACCCAAAAAAACACCAAACCCUUUUCUCGUCUCUCAUUGCUCUCUCUUAAACCCCAAACCCCACAAACACAAACACAGACGCAGAGAUUCACACAAAGAGACAGACGGAACCUCAAAAACUCUCCAACAAUGAAAAAACCCAAAUCCAAACAAUUCCGCAACAAACUCCGCGUCUCAGAAAGAGAAACAAUCAAGCUCCUCGACUCAUGGAUCCAAUCCCAAAAACCCGACUCCGGCUCCAACCCCAUGUCUCUGCCUCCGCUGCCUUCCAACUCACCUAUUGGCUGCCUCGGCGGCGACUCGUUCUCGCGCUACGCCGGUGCCACGCGGUUUGACCAGCUGCCCUUGUCGAAGAAAACCGUGGAUGGUCUUCGUGAUGCUGGGUAUGUCGAGAUGACCGAUGUUCAGAGGGCUACUCUGCCCCACGCGCUCUGCGGAAGGGACAUUCUGGGCGCCGCGAAAACCGGGUCUGGAAAGACUCUGGCUUUUGUUAUUCCGGUUCUGGAGAAGUUAUAUAGAGGGACAUGGGGACCUGAGGAUGGUGUUGGGAGCAUCAUUAUAUCUCCCACACGGGAAUUAGCAGGCCAACUUUUUGAUGUGUUAAAAACUGUAGGAAAGCGCCAUAAUUUUAGUGCUGGCCUUCUAAUUGGUGGUCGCAAGGAUAUUGACACAGAGAAGGAGCAUGUAAAUCGGCUCAAUAUUUUGGUUUGCACUCCUGGUCGGCUUCUUCAGCACAUGGAUGAGACUCCAAACUUUGAAUGUUCCCUGCUUCAGGUUUUGGUUCUUGAUGAGGCAGAUCGUAUUCUUGAUGUUGGAUUCAAGAAGGCUUUAAAUGCUAUCGUGUCACAACUACCUAAGAAUAGACAAACCUUGCUAUUCUCAGCAACUCAAACAAAGUCAGUUCAAGAUCUUGCAAGACUCAGUUUGAAGGACCCAGAGUAUCUCAGCGUGCAUGAGGAGUCUGUAACUUCCACUCCCAACCUCUUGCAGCAAACUGCAAUGGUUGUUCCUCUUGACCAAAAGUUAGAUAUGUUGUGGAGUUUCAUAAAGUCACAUCUUAAUUCAAAGAUCCUAGUGUUUCUUUCAAGCUGUAAACAGGUCAAAUUUGUCUAUGAAGCAUUUAAGAAACUGCGUCCUGGGAUACCCUUAAAGUGUCUUCAUGGGAGGAUGAAGCAGGGGAGAAGGAUGGGAAUAUAUUCAGAAUUCUGUGAGCAGCGUUCAGUUCUCUUCUCGACUGAUGUGGCCUCGAGAGGCCUUGAUUUUAACAAGGCAGUCGAUUGGGUUGUCCAGGUGGAUUGUCCAGAAGAUGUUAAAGCUUACAUACACAGAGCUGGUCGCACUGCUCGCUAUCAUUCUGGAGGGAGGUCUGUUUUAUUUCUGAUGCCCUCAGAAAUGAAAAUGCUUGAAAAAUUACAAGCACAAAAAGUACCCAUACAAUUUAUUAAGGCAAACAAAAAAAGACUACAACCUGUUUCUGGGCUGUUGUCAGCAUUACUAGUUAAGUAUCCAGAUAUGCAGUAUCAGGCCCAAAGAGCCUUUGUGACAUAUUUGCGGUCUAUUUAUAUUCAGAAGGAAAAAGAAAUUUUUGAUGUGACAAAACUGCCUAUUGAUGAAUUUUCAGUGUCAUUGGGUCUCCCAAUGACUCCGAAAAUCCGUUUCUUGAAGCAGAAAAACAAGUCAAAAACAGCAUCAGAGACAAUUUCUCUUCCUGCAUCUGAAAACUCUGACAGGGAGAAUCUGCUGGAGAUUCCCAAAGAGAUGCUAGAUAUCGGUGAUAUAGAUGAAGAGGAAAUGGACAAAGCUUUUCUUCUAAAGCAGGAUACACCAAAUGAGGAAGAGGAGAAAAUAAGUGAAAUCACAGAUGCUAGGCCUGCAACACGGAUUUCAAAGAAGAAGAAGUUAAAAAUAAAUAUCCACAGACCAAUGGGUACUAGGCUUGUUUAUGAUGAUGAAGGCAAUGCACUACCCCCACUUGCGAGGGUGGCUGAAAUAAAGAGUGGCAAUGAAUCAUUUGUGGUUGACCAAGGCAAAAAGAAUGAGUAUUAUAAUAAGAUGAGGGAAGAGAUGAAGCAGGUAGACAAAGAAGACAAACUACUAGAUCGCCAACGUCGCAGAGAGAAACGUAUCAAGCAGAAGAUGAAGUUGAAAAGAGGAAGCUUGGAAGAAGAGGAUGAUGAAGAACAUUCUGCAUCAGAAGAGGAAGCUACUAGAGACAGACCCCGUAAAAAGUCGAAGAAAUAUUACAAUAGUGACAGUGAUGAUGGUGAGAGAAAAGAAAAUAAGGACUCCUCCUCCUUGGCAGAACAAGAAGCACUAGCACUCAAGUUACUAAAUGCCAUGCACUCCUAACUUAUAGGAUAUGACAGCAUAAGGCUUUUUUCUUUUAUCCCCUCAUUUUUGGUUAGUAUAUGGGAGCUUAAGUAACGAGCCUGUUUGAGUAUGUCUGUCAGCUUCAAGCCUGAAAUUACUUUGGAUGAAAUAGAGUAUUGUGUUUUUGUC